AUGGAGGCAGGGUCGUCUUCCGACGUCGAGUCCGUCGUGUCCAAAACGAAAGAGGGUUCAAGCCCCGCGAGCUCCCCGCCGCAAGCAAGCUCCCCGCGCACCAAGUCCGAGAUAAUCAACGAUGAUGAACUAGAAAACGAAGAGGAGAAGGCUCGUCUGGCCAACAAUGCGGCUGAGGAAAAGCGUCGCCAGACCGUCGCCCGCAAGCGCAGAACGAAAAAGGCCGAGACCAAAGCUGAACGAGAGGCCAAGGCGAAAGAGCUUGAUGAGCUUCUUAUGAAGAGUGCUGCAUUCAGCGACAUUUUGACCAAAAAGACGCAGGUCCUCGGACGAGUCGGAAGUAGCCUCGACGGGCAAACUCUUGGCGAACAUAAUUUGCAGAUGGCCAAACAGCCAGAGUGCAUGAUAAAUGGCACCAUGCGUGAUUACCAGCUAGAGGGACUCACUUGGAUGUAUGAAAUCUGUUCGCAGGGUAUGAGCGGCAUUCUUGCAGACGAAAUGGGACUGGGUAAAACCGUCCAGACGAUAGCGCUUAUCGCGUUGCUUCGAGAGCAGGAAUCCUACCUCGGCCCUCAUCUAAUCGUCGCUCCUCUGAGCACCCUGUCCAACUGGAUGGACGAAUUCGAGAAAUGGACCCCAUCCAUCCCCGUCGUCAUGUACCACGGGACUCCCGCGCAACGCCAAGAGAUCUUUUCCAAGAAGAUUAUGAAGCAUCUGAAAAAUAGUCGGCCGACCGAUAAAUUUCCAGUGGUGUGCACGUCCUACGAGAUGGUUCUUCAAGACAAAGCAUCUCUGUCGCGCAUCAAUUGGGAGUUCAUCAUCAUUGAUGAAGGACAUCGAAUGAAGAACGCCGAAGCCAAGCUGUUCCAAGAGUUGCGUCAAUUCACCUCAGCUACUCGUCUGCUCAUUACUGGAACGCCACUGCAAAACAACCUCAAAGAGCUGUGGUCCCUGCUGCACUUUUUGCUGCCCAACAUUUUCACGGACUGGGAAUCGUUUGAAUCUUGGUUCGACUUUUCCGGGCUGGAAGAUGAACAGGGUACACAAGAAUUCAUUCAAGAUCAAAUGAAGCAAGACUUGGUCAAAAAGAUGCAUCUGAUUCUGCAGCCUCUGCUUCUCCGCCGCAUCAAGCAAGACGUCGCCGCAUACCUCCCCCAAAAGCGUGAAUACGUUCUCUUUGCGCCAAUGACAAAAGAGCAGACGGAUCUCUACAACGUCUUCAGUAACAAAGACGUUGACGUCCGUGAAUUCCUCCAGAACAAGGUGGAACAGAAAAUCAGGUCGGCGAAACCAGCGUCGCAAAGGCGCAAGGCCAACGGCAUCGAGAUUGUGCUUCCUGUCCGCGCCAGCCCCGCGAGCAAGCGAUUACAAGACAAGAAAGGAGCACCGCUCGCUACACCAAAUGCCUUUGCCAGGAUGAUGGGCACUCGCAAGGCCUCCGCCAAAGCUGAGGCGCCAAAGAAAGAGGCUGUGGCCACACCAUCCGCGAAGAGAGGCCCGAAGCGCAAAAGCCAGGCCACUGUGAUGGCGGAGCCUGAGCCAAAGAGUGCGAGGUCAAGCCGGGGUUCCACGCCAGCAUCUACACGCGGCCGCUCCAGAAAAUCACAGACUUACAAAGAUGCCGACUCAGAAGACGACGAUGAGCUCUCCGACGCCGAAUUCGAAGCGAAACUCGUUCAAGAGAUGGGAAGCUCCGAAGAAGCCAACGCAGAGCCAGACUCGAGAUCACCCGAGGAGAUUGAGCUUGGCCAGACACUCGAGCUAGCCAAGAAGCAAAUCUCCGCCAAGAAAUUAAACAACACCCUCGUGCAGCACCGCCUCGUGUGCAACUCGCCGCACAACUUUUACAACCCCUGGGCCGUCGCGACCGACAUCCCCGUCGACGAGUCCAUCGUCACCUCCUCGGGCAAGAUGCUGCUCCUCGACCGGCUCCUGCGACAUCUCCUCGCGCACGACCACAAGGUGCUCAUCUUCUCGCAGUUCACCAUGCAGCUCGACAUCCUCGAGGACUACUGCCGCGAGCUGCGCGGCUGGAACGCGUGCCGCAUCGACGGCAGCGUCGCGCAGCAGUCGCGCCGCGCGCAGAUCCACGCCUUCAACACGGACCCCGACCAUCGCAUCUUCCUCCUGUCGACCCGCGCCGGCGGCCAGGGCAUCAACCUCGCCAGUGCCGACACCGUCGUCCUCUUCGACUCCGACUUCAACCCCCAGCAGGACCUGCAGGCGCAGGACCGCUGCCACCGCAUCGGCCAGCAGCGGCCCGUCAUCGUGUACCGCCUCGCCACGCGCGGCACCGUCGAGGAGGAGCUGCUGCUCGCGGCCGACGCGAAGCGCCGCCUGGAGAAGCUGGUGAUUCGAAAGGGCGGCUUCCGGACCAUGGGGCAGAAGAUGGACGACGGAGGUGGCGAGGCCGUCAAGGUGGAUGAGAAGACGCUCGAGCGGCUGCUCCUGAAGGACGGCCAGGUCUUUGAGACGACGGGCGGCGAGGACAUCCUGAGCGAAGCGGACCUGAGCGUGCUGUGCGAUCGCAGCGACGCUGCGUAUGACAAGGCCGCGAGCGGCGAGUCGGCCGACGCCGAGGGCUACUGCGUGGUGGAAACCGGCGCCGACUCGAUCAAGAUGAAUUUCAAGGGCAGCAAGGAAUAA